AGGAAUUACCCAUUGGAGGCUUUUCAAGGUAACACAGAGAGGGAUAAUCCUGCGAAUCCUUGCUACUUUUUUGUUUUUGUGGUUUUCUUGGCAGCUCUUGUCGUCUUCCCCUCGUCAUCGCCUCCUUCCAGCUUACCUUCUUCAUUUUCGAACCUUCCGAGCUCGAUUCUGUCCUUGGGCUAAGGUUAAGGUUAGGGUUAGGGUUAGGGUUAGGUUUCCUGAUUCUAACAGGGGAUGUCUCUUCAAUGGAACAGGUCGCGGACCGACGACCGGGCUUAGGGUUUCGAUUUCUCUGUAUUUGAUUCGAUUAAGUCUUUGUCGAUUAAGGACUUGAUUUGAUGCUCCACUGAUGGCGACUGUGAAUCCACAGCCGCUGCAAGCUCGCCCCUUCGAGGAUAGAGUGCGAGCCCCUAUCCCCAUCGUCGACGACGACGACGGCGAGUACGAUGCCGACGGUGGCGGUGACGAUGCCAUGGACGAUGCUGAUGACGCUCUUAUCCAUUCGAUGAACGCUUCGGAUCAUGCGGCAGUUGUUGUGGCAUCUCGGACUAGCGAGCUGACUCUUGCUUUUGAAGGAGAGGUCUAUGUGUUCCCUGCUGUUACGCCUGAAAAAGUACAAGCAGUUCUCUUGCUUCUAGGAGGGCGUGAUAUACCAUCCAGUGUGCCUGGUGUUGAAGUAACUUUUGAUCAAAAUAACAGGGGUGUGGCUGAUGCUCCAAAACGCUCAAACCUUUCACGAAGAAUAGCCUCUUUGGUGCGGUUCCGUGAGAAAAGGAAGGAGAGAUGCUUUGACAAGAAAAUUAGGUACAACGUGCGGAAGGAGGUUGCUCAGAGGAUGCACCGAAAAAAUGGUCAAUUUGCAUCCCUAAAAGAAAGUUCGGGUGCUUCAAGUUGGGAUCCUGCACAAAGCUGCCUACAGGGAGAUGGAAGUACUUGCCUAGAAACUGUUCUACGGAGAUGUCAACAUUGUGGUGUUAGUGAAAACUCUACUCCUGCAAUGCGUCGUGGGCCAGCAGGACCGAGGACUCUAUGUAAUGCUUGCGGGCUUAUGUGGGCAAACAAGGGAACUUUGAGAGAUCUCAAUAAGGGAGGUAGGAAUUUCUCUUUGGACCAAGUUGAGCCGGAAACACCAAUUGAUAUUAAGCCUUCAAUUCUGGUAGGAGAACAUUUCUCUAGCAACCAGCAUGAGCAUGGAACUCCUGAAGGACUAUCUAAAGCUGUAACUGAAGGAAAUGAUACUCAUUCUGUCAACCCAGAUGAGGAAGAUUUGCAUGAACCACAUGAGGACCUUAGAAACACUUUGCCUAUGGGCAUUGUCCAUUCAUCAGGCAACCUUGAUGGGCAGGAAACUCUGGUGGAGCUAGCUAAUGCUUCAGAGACAGAUAUCGAUAUUCCUGCUAACUUUGAUUAGUUGUGUUCUCACAGGUCAAAAUUUAUCAAUACCCUUGUGAUGGGCAGCCAAUGAUCACACAAGUUAAUCCAGGCCAAGACACUGCGCUGUUGAUGCUCAUCAAUCAAUCAAUCAAUCAUUCAGCUGUCUCUGCUAGGCAUGUCGCUGGUUUCAACUGACAUUGUGGGGGAUUGUUAAAUGUUAAUACGAAUGAGGGUGUAUGUGUUGGAACAUAAGCUCGAGUGUUAUGGGUCUUAAGCAGGUUGUAAUUUAUAACAAUGUGCAUAAAAUGUUCAAAAGAUAAAUGAUUAAACAUGGCGUUCUGGUGUUAAUAUGAA